AUGAUCACAUAUUGCGGAUUCAGACGUUCAAUUUUUUUGAAAAAUCUGUUUAUACCUAAAACAAAACAACAAAUUCACACGUUCAAGCUCCGCGAGCGCAGCCUUACUUCAUUGCAAUUUACCAUAUUUUACAAUGCAAAUAAUUUAAAUUGUCGCAAAAAUAACGAAAAUUACAGUGCUAUAAAUGGUUACAAGAAUUAUAACAAUGCAAUCCUAUUGUCUCAAUGCAGUACUAACGAACUGACAAACGAUUCAGCGAUAACGGCGGAGGGACUAAAGGAAUCUCCUGAAGAUGAAUCAGAGGGAUCGAAGAAGAGAAAAUCAGUAUAG